UUAUUAUUUCAAAUAAGAAUCAACAAAAAUUUUGGUUGCUAGGUUCAUUGUUUACAUGUUACAUUAUACAUAUAACCUUUAUAAGGGCAUAUAAGUAACCCUAAACUAAUAAAGCAUAACAAAGGGUAUAAAGAGACAGUAUAAUAUCUACUUCAUGAGCAUAAAUAAUUAAUUAAGCUACAAAAAUAAAGCAUGAAUAGUAAAAAUAGCAGUAUCGAUUCUUAUAAUACCCCAUUGGAAGACAUAUUUUUAGGCACGGAAAUAAAUAAUUCAAAAAAAAAUUUAUCGAACAAGAGUGAUGGCGAAAAUAAUCCAAAGUUAGAUAAACCCGGGAGCUCCGAUAAUAAUCACAUCAAAUACAUCAACCGUCCAGUCAUGGAUACUUCUUUGCCCUAUAUUCCAGUUUAUACUCAUCUCGUAACUUAUGAUCUAACGCCGAUAGAGAGACCGCCAACGCCACCGGUCAUUAAAAUUUUACGAGCCCAAUUACGAAAUGACACUCCGGAAUCGAGAGCGUCAAGUAAAACCGGGCAAUUUUAAGAGAUCGUAAAAUAUUAACUUCGACUUCAGGACCUUGGAAAUAAGUAUCGAUAUUUUUCGACAUAAAUAAUUCUCGGUGGCUCGCAUGUAUUAACUCUGAAUUUUCGAUUCCCAAAAUUAUAAAUAGCCUGUACUGGACGAACCGAGGAUUCAAGAGUCGCUUAUAUUGACGAAUGAUUUGUGAGCCGCUGUAAUAACGUCAUAUGAAUGUGACGUCCUGCACACGUGUGAUUUAAUUCUGGAAUAUUAUAUAUUCCGAUGGGCUACUAAAGUCACACGCAAAAUUGUAAUCAAGGAUUUAUUUUUUAUCAACAAUGAUAAAUAUUUA